ACGUGCCGGAUUCUGCGUCAUCCAUUGUUUACAAAUCAACCCUUGAGCUGUUUCUGUUGGGCAGCGUGUGAGCGUGGAGGACGCCGGGUAAACGAUCUCAUCUAUUUGAAUAAAAACAAUUAUCACGGCUGGAUAUUAUUGUACACAGAGAUAUAUUCAAAAUGCCUUGUCGAAAGGAGAAUUAUAUCUUUUUGGAACAGUCGGUAACGGUGGAUUCUAAGGAAGUAGACGCUCUCGUGUCGAAAAUCGGCGAGGCGCUGCAGCUUCACAACAAUAGCUCGAGCCAGAAGGCGAUGUCACGUCUACACGGUCUCACCAGCAGCAAACCGAACGGCAGCAGCAGCGCGGCGGGCGGUCAGCGGUGCAUCCGUCUCCGCAGCCGGAGUUUACGUACCAGCCGGGCCAGUCCGUAUAACCCGCCCGGAUCCAGCGAUCAGGAAUGGGACCAUUUCAAAUCCUCGUGGAACCGAAAGAAAAUCGACGAAGACGAUCCACACCAGCUCCUCCAGGAACUCAUAUUGUCGGGGAAUCUGAUCAAAGAAGCGGUCAGACGACUCCAGUUUUCAUCGGAACCACCGGAGAACGACAUCUCCAAACCUGUAGACUGAGUUCUCUAGCCCGCAGAUGCAUGAACGACUUGACGUUUUCAAAUUUUGGGGCCCCCAGCUCGUUGUCAUACGUUGGUUUUACAAACUUUGAUAUCACACCCUUAUAAUUUUUCUAUUGUAUAUUGAUGAGAUGGAAAUGUUAUGUAUUUUGGACUGUUUUGCAACGUGACCCUUCUUAUUGAGUAAUUUUUAAGUUGUUUAUCUCAGUGUUUGGAUUGAAAUGCAAAUGUGAUGCAAAAAUCUAGUGGUUUAUAGCAAUGCAUUUUAUAAUAAGUAUUAACCGGCCUCUGGUUGGUUUGUCCUAGAAUGGUGCAUCUUGUUUUGGUUUGCUGGAGUUCAGCACUGUGUGUCAGUAGCAACCAAGAACUGCCUAACUGCUUUGUUUACAGUGUAGAUGUGGUCUGGCUGCUGAUUUGCAGUCCUCGCCUAGAUCAGGCAACGGGUCACACUUUUUGUUUACUCAUCAAACUAUAUUUGGAUACCGAGAUAUCACUAUUUUGAUUUCAAACUGGCCCUGUGUGCACUUCAUGAGGGCCCAUGUCCUCUGUCCCUUUCCAUGUGAGGAGCAAGGCCAACACUCCUUCUCAAAGAGACACUGAGAUCAAACUCACAUGCGUGUGGGGAAGUGUUAUACAUGGAGGAUGUGAUCACAACACAGACACUGUGGUGCUUUUUGAUUCCAAUGUGGAGUUCUCAUGUUUUUUUCCUUUAUUUUUUUUGUUCUCACUCUGUGUAAACUAAGCAUAUGCUUCGCAACGAAGUGUUUUUAUUAACUCUGAUUGUUCAGAGAAUUUGGUGUCUAAUAAACAUGGUGUUUUUUGCAUAAGAUAA